CCUCUCUCCUGCAGCCGUCAAUCGUCAACUCCACCUUCAGCAAGCGACACAGUUGCAGUACUUCCGACUACCUAUCAACUAUACGGCAUAAUUCCACUACGUGUCCAAUCUAAACUACGAUAUCAAUCUUCCUCAGAAUGGCGUCCCAGAACGUCAACGUCCUCCUGUCGACCUUCCCCGGUCUCUCACUUCCUUCAACCCUCUCAUUCUCUCUGCCGUCAUCGUCCAGCAUCGCCGAUCUGACCGACAAGAUCACCUCAUACCUUCCUCACACGCUACCCCUCCAAUCCCUGAUCUUGACCACUACCAGCAACAAGCAACUCGUUCCCUCUUCCGAAUCGCUAUCAUCCUACACCGAUGGCUCCAUCCUCCCCCUCCGCCUCAGCGUUCCCCUAUGCGGUGGAAAGGGUGGUUUCGGAUCCCAGCUUCGUGCCGCCGGUGGGCGCAUGUCAAGUAAGCGCAAGCGCAACCAAGGCGACGACAAUGGCUCCAGUCGCAACCUCGAUGGCCGCCGUCUGCGCACCGUCAACGAAGCCAAGGCAUUGGCCGAGUACCUCGCCCUGAAGCCUGAGAUGGAUAAGAAGGAGAAGGAGGAGCGUCGACGCCGGUGGCAGGCUGUUGUGGAGGCUGCGGAAAAGCGUCAGGAGGAGCUGAAGAACGGAGGUGGCAAGCAGAAGAUUGAUGGACAGUGGAUUGAAGAUAAGGAGGAGAUGAACGAGAAGGCCAGAGAGGCGGUUCUUAUGGCGAUGAAGGAUGGCAUGUGGACGGAUAACCUGCGCGAUACGAUCUUGGGCGGAUCCAGUACGAGUGCUAGCGAGGGAAGCGACCAGAAUACUCCUUCCGGCUCGGAGGAGGACAGUGAUGAUGAGCAGGAGAUGGAGGAUGCGCCUGGGCCGUCGGAGCCGGCUCGCAGUGCUGCGCCUAGGCGGUAUGCUGGAUUUGAUGAGGAUGAUGAGUUUAUGAGCGAUUCGGAAGAGGAAGAGGAGGAGCCGUUCGCCACGGCAACUUUUUCCGGCCGCCCGCGCGGACCACCGAUGCUAUCACCGCUAUCACUAUCAGUUGUUCCUGUCGCAUUCCUUCCUCCAUUAAUUCCUCCAGCAUCCCAAACCUCCACCAUGUCGCCAUAUCUCGGGCGCAUGAUCCCACGAGGGAUCAGACCGACCCGUCUCCCUUCACAAUCCCUCCGCCGACUCUCACAAUUCUCACGGACGUUAACACGAACCGCUCUUUUCUCCCGCCCGGAAGUCCUCCCCGUCUACAACGCAGAACCCCGAAUCCAGCUACGCAGCUUGUCCACGAGUCUCUCACUACGCGCUAUAUCGACCGAGAUCAUCGACGAUAUUCUCCCUGUCUGUUGUCCCGGAUGCGGUGCAUAUGGACAGACUGUCGAUCCCAAAGAGGCCGGAUACUAUGGCAAAACUAGGAAACAGACGCGGAAGCUCCUGACCGAAACCCAACAAGUGAUUGAGGGACAGGAUGAGGGGUCUGGGGUCAAAGCUGAGGGAGAGAAAGCGGCGGGUCAGAUCCAGAAGUAUCUUGAGUUGACAGAUGUGGGAGGGGAUGCUGCUCCGAAGCCGAAAUAUGGGGCUUCUCUUGCGAAGGCUGCAGAUACGGCGAGUAAAUAUCUGGAGAAGUCGAAGGUUCCGGUGCAGGUUUGCGAUCGAUGCCAUGAUCUGUUGCAUCAUAAUAAGGCUGUUCCUGCUGUUUCGCCGACUAUGGAUGCUCUUCGGGCGUAUCUUGAUGAGUCGCCUCAUAAGCAUAAUCGGAUCUAUCAUGUGGUUGAUGCGGCGGAUUUCCCCAUGUCGGUUGUUAAGGAGGUCUACGAGACGCUGGGAGUUAUGGAUCCGAGGUCGAAGAAUAGGCGCUCGGCGACUUAUAAGUAUAAGGCGGGGAAGAAAAUGCCGACUAUAAGCUUUAUCAUUAACAGGUCGGAUCUUUUGGCGGCUACCAAGGAGCAGGCGGACUCGAAGAUGGAGUAUGUACGCUCUGUUCUUCGGAAAACUUUUGAUCUCUCGCAUGAGGAAUUUCGCCUGGGAAAUGUGCAUCUGAUCAGUGCGCAGCGGGGCUGGUGGACGAAGAAAGUCAAGGAGGAGAUUAGGGAGCAUGGUGGUGGCAUCUGGGUGGUUGGCAAGGCUAAUGUUGGAAAGAGCAGUUUCAUCGAGGCUUGCUUUCCUAAGGAUUCGAGGAAUCUGGAGAAAAUUGCCGAACUGAUUGAGCUCCGUGAAGAGGAGUCUAAAAUGGCUACUCAUUACGAUACUUCUGCCCUCGAUUCAGAGGGUCUUCUACCUCCGGCGCCGAGGGAAGAUCUUUAUCCCAUCCUCCCGGUGGUGUCGUCUUUGCCUGGAACGACGGUGUCUCCUAUUCGCAUCCCAUUUGGCCGUGGGAGAGGCGAAAUGAUUGACCUUCCGGGGCUUGACCGUGGUGAUUUGGCUGAUCAUGUUCAAGAUAAGUUCAAGCGCGAUCUGAUCAUGACCAAGAGGCCAAAGCCUGAGCGCCACUCAAUCAAGCCGGGUCAAUCGCUACUGCUCGGGGGAGGUCUUGUCAGGAUCACGCCGAUGAACCCUGACGACGUAGUGAUGGCCGCUUGCUUCGUCCCGCUUGAGGCGCAUCUCACGAGAACGGACAAGGCCAUUGAAAUGCAAGCCGAGGAGCGCCCAUAUCCUGGUACCAAAAUUUCCCAAGAAGGUACCGGCGAAAUCAUCGCUUCUGCAGGCAUUUUCGACUUGAAAUGGGAUGUGACUCAAUCGCAUCUCCCGAGGUCCAUCGCCAAGGCGGUUGCGGACAGGAAGAUGAAGAUGCCGUCUGUACCUUAUAAGGUCAUGUCGACCGAUAUCUUGAUUGAAGGAUGCGGCUGGGUCGAGCUUACAGUGCAAGUUCGAGCCAAGUCGGUGCAGGAGGCCGACUCCGAGUCCUUCCUCCAAGUCGAGAUCUUCAGCCCUCACGGCCGCCAUGUUGGGUCCCGUCCUCCUAUCGAGUGCUGGAAGUUCGUCGCCGCUAAGAAGGUCUCGGAUAAUCGUGAAAAGGGACCUCGAGGACGGCAGAACAUUGGCUUGGAGAAGCGAGCCCGACAGGGCUGAAUAUCAGCCCUGUCGUGGCAUCCCUUCCCAGCAUGAAUAACUUGUAUAGUAUAUGUUUGCAUAGCGAUUGGUGUUUCCAGGUGUAUAGAAGGGAUAAACAAAAAUGUAUCAUAAUGCCGAUGUGGCUGGGGUGUAAAUAGUGGAUUGGUGGUGAGCAGAUUACUAGAUUAUCAACGGGCCUGCGUCUUCCACG